CGCCCUUCCCGUUCCCGUUGCCGUUCCCGUUUCCCAUGCGACCUUUAUUUUCCCUCUUACCAAUCUUCAAGGAGGGAUUAGACACACCCAAGUCAGCCACAGAUCGAACGAAUGAGCGACAUGGGAUUGAUUUUCGGGACGCAAAAUCGGCAUGAUGCCCUUCGCGGUUUUCAGCAAAGGUCUUCAAGUCCCGUUCGCCGAGGAAGAAGGAUAAAGAUGAGCAUUGCGCCGUCUCGUCAUCCUCAUUGCUCCUAGCAAUACGGAAUUUCCUCUGCGCGCGGCUCAUUGCUUUUUCCUAUCUCUUUCCGAGUUGACCGAAGUGAGCGUUGUUCGUAAAGCAAGGUAUCCGAGGGCUAGCUACCAGGCCAGCCGAAUUGUGAAAUGAAUGGAGACCCUCUUCAAGAAUUGAAGCUCAAAUUAAAAGGAAACGUGUGCAAGGGGGAAAAAAAAUAAUUGAUGAAAAAAGAAAGGACAAAGAAUACGAGGGAGGGUGUAGCAGAGAGAAGUCAAGGCUAAGAUGAGAGUCUGUCAGUGGGAAUGUUUCUGCUUAAGUCGGAGAUACAUAUUCCGCUCUCUUGUGUCUGUCUUGUGGGGGAAUUCGGGAGAUCGUCAUUCUACCCCAAGUCUGAUGGAGACUUUGGCCUGGACGGGACUGUGGCGCUGCAGAGUGGAUUCCUUCGAUAGACGUGCAGAGGGAAUGGCCACACUUUUGCUACGAUGCACGUCCUCAGUGAUUGCGGGAGUCGAACAACUCGCUAGUUGCUUUCGAAAAGGGGGAGACAACAGAAUGAAGCACAAGAUUUGAUGUUAGCAAGGGUCAGGGUUCGAAGCGGCUGGGAUACCUAAUUUUGUCAGCUGUCAGACAUUAUUCAGACUUCACGGGAUGACAGCAUACGCAUUGGGCUCAUGAGGUCUAGGUCAUGAUUUUUGAGGAGCAGGUCUCAAUCCAAAAACAGAGGCAUUUUUCGAUUCAUCACUUAUGUUAUGUUGCAAAUUGAAGAGUCAUACAAGAAAUGUUCGUGUUCAUAACGAUGAUAACAUCAAUUUAAAAUGAACUAGAGUUGUGAAUGAU